CAAUUGAAACACGCAUACAAAGUUGUUAUCGCCGGCAACCACGAAUGCACUUUCGACGAGUCGUUCCUGCGGUCUUCAAAUCCGGAAAUGGAAGCAAAAGAAAUUGCUCUCAAGCAAGCUCUGCAAGCGUCUUUAUCGUCAUCGAAAGUCUCUUCACCCAAAACUCUUCUUACCAACGCCAUAUACCUGGAAGAUUCUGUUAUCGAAUUGUUCGGAAUCAUCAUCUACGGCUCGCCGUGGUAGGUUGUUCUCCCCUGGCUUCCAGCUGGACGUGAAG